UGCGAGUUUGUUUACAGGGUUCUCCGCUCUCAACGGCGCUGUAUGAUUGGGCCCGCCCUAGAUCACAUGUCAGCAUGCAACAAGGAACAACGAUCAGUCUGACAGUUAACUAUCCUCCUCUUCAUUCUUGUCUGUCUUGCCGUCAUUCUCGCUGUCUUGCCGCAGAGUACAUCCUAUAGCCGGCCUCUCCGCAAUGGGAACAGGAACACCAUCCAGAUGAUGUACCUCUCCAUCCACUGCCAAUAUUAGAGAUAAGGAAGGAUAAGUAUAAGGAUAUGUCGCUCGCAGCAAUCCAGAACGUCUUCCUCCUCCCUCUCCUCCUUCUCGUAUCAAUCCCUCUCGCCCUCUCAGCAACCGUCACCGCCUUCCUAGCACUCACAGCCCUCUUUCUGCGCGCCUUCAUCGUGUACAUUGAAAUAGCCAUUGGCCUGCUCACCAACUUCUUCCUCUUCCCCGCACACUCUCCUGCGUCCGGCUCUCUCCUGGCCUUUUCAGAGGUCAAUACCCCUGCUAUAUCGCCAUCCAAGACAAGACACCCUCGCCCACGGUCCUGGGCAGACGGUGUUUCGGGGAAAGAAAUCGAUUAUUUCCACAGCUACUAUUCACACCACGGUCCACCCACCACACCGCCCCGCGAACCAUUCUUCAAUUUCAUCUCCGGCGACGCUGAGCGUGACUUCGAGGGGCUAGGCGGCUGGCGAACACCACUCCUCUCGCGAAAACGAGACCCAGACCCAUCCUCUCCUCAUCUUAGCUAUAGUACCAGCGAGGAGGGCCUGCUAGAUGACGAGCAGGCCUGGCUAUCGAUUAACAAGCGCCUCGAAUUACCCUCAAGACAACUCAACCUCAUCGCCCCGUCAACCUUCCCUUCUUCUUCCUCCGCAGAGCACACAGAGCCCCAUCGUCCACGAUACCACAAACGCUCGAUAACAACCUCCUCCGUGACACAAUUCUCCUCCUCCUCACCGCUUCCCACAUUCUCAGAACAUCCCGACAAAGCUGCCCUUCAAACGUCAAAGUCGAGCGCCGGUCUCGACACGCUGCACGCCGCAGCCUCACCGUCUUCAUCGUGCUCCGAUCAGCCGUUUCUGAUGACUUCUAGUGCGUCAGGACGGGAGUGGAAGAUGGCGCAUUAUCCGAGUUCUGGCCGGAGAAGAAGUUCGGCUGGGUCGGCGCAGAGUAUGGCUUUUACGGGGCUAGGCGUUCAUCAAUAUACCAAUUGAUGGAUGUGUUGAGGAGGGAGGAAAGGGGGUGUGUGUAAUGAUAUGAUGAUUAUGAUUAUGAAUCUAUGUAUUGUGCGCAGUCCGCCAAAUACGUGAGUCAUUGGAAUAAAUACAUGUACAUAUAACCGCUAUGAUAGUAGUACAUGUACUUUAUGUAUCUGCUGGUAUUAUGUAUCAAUUGAAAUGGGAUAUACACCAAUAUA